AUGCACAUGACCAAAGUUCCCAGUUUAUUCCUAGUGCUAUUGUGUUGUAAACUUAGUGCGUCCAUCAAGGUCCCAAUCGAUUGGGAUGAGAGUGCAAAAAGUGAAGUGAAAGACAAUCGAAAUGAGGAACCACCGGUGGGUCCCUUACGGGCUACGAGUCCCCACGUCACGAGACAACCUAGUAAGAAAAUCAAAGUUGAGUAUUUUGAAUAUCCUGCCGAGAAACCUAUGUUCGCUUCCGACAUAGCAGAAUUUCAUGGAGUCCAGAACCCUAAACAACAUUAUAAGUCGUAUCCUAUCGUCCCGUAUACCCUAAAACAGAAACCUGUUUUCGGUGUUCAUCAAAUGCUUGUUAAAAGCACACCAGUUUUUGACCAAUUUCAAGAUUAUGUACACCAAAAUGAAGAAUUAAAAUUCAAAAACUAUAUAAAACCUACAGCAAUUAACUAUGAAGUGUUUCAUCCAUACACAGCAGAAAUGCCAGCAUUGAAAGCAAUUUAUAAGGAUCCAGUGCUUAUGAAAAUAAAAGACGAUUUGCAAGGCGCUAAAAAAAGGUUGCAAGCCUAUGAAGAAGAAACUGCAAAACCUAAUAUUGCAGAAGAUGAAUAUUUAGAGACACCAGAGGAAACAGACGUCAAACUAUUACCACAAAAAAAUAUACCGGUGCAAUACGAGAUUCACAAGCCUGAAAGACGACCGCUAUAUUACAAACUUCCAUAUCGAGAUGCUACUAGGGAUCAUGUACUUAAUCAAAGAUUAAAACACCCUUUCAAUCAGUUUGCAAAAGUAAGACCUCUCCACUACCAUCCCGUAAAGAAUCACAUAAAUCAAUUGAGACAGCAACAUGCUUUAAAAUACGAUGACGAACGCAAUGAGUAUCCACAAGUAACAAAAUCUGAAAACUUCGGUGAACCACCCGAAGGUUAUGACAUCUACGAAAAGGGCAAACAGAAAUACACGCAACUUCGAGAUAAUCUCGACGAAUCUGUCAACAGGAUUGUACAACAAAAUCGAGAAAAAACUUUCCAAAACUUAGAACUCCAAAAACCGGAGCCUGAAAGUGAGGAUGAGCCAGAUGAGUUUAUACCUGUUAAGAAUUAUGCUCAAGUGAGAAAAACUGAAACUUAUAGGCAUUUGCCCAAACAAGCUGCUUAUGAUGAUGCUGAAACUUACGAGGAAAUCAGGAAUGCUCCUAGACUUAGAGAGGCUGUGAAAAGUACUAAAGCGCAAACGGUGUAUAGUGAAGAGGGAUAUGAAGACUCAGCUUACGAUCACGCUGGGGAACAAAAACAUGCUUCCGAUCAUGAAGGUCACGGUGGUUUUCUUAAAGAACAUCAAAACAGCGGUGGAUUAUACAAAAUUCCAUCUGUCUCUCAAAAAUACAAAGAUGGCGCAGGAUCAGAGUUCAGGGAUAAUGUGGAACACGGAAAAAAGUGGAAAAACGAUAAUGAGGAUACUGAUGAAGAAAUAGAGGAAGAAGACUAUUCUGAAGAUGAUCAAGAAGAGAAUGUUGAUGCGCAUAUACGCGAGCGUCAUGAAAAUUCUACUAACGACCAACACGAAGUCGGUAAGAGAGAAAUCAAUUUUAAAGUACCAGAAAUAAAUAUAAAUUCAACGUUAUCAUUUGAAAAUGAUAUGAUGAAACUUUUAAAAGUAAUAGAAGGACCAAAAAAGGAGAAUAUCCAAGAAAAAUAUCCCUAUUACAAUAAACGUUUAAAAGGCAUUAAUAAAAAUUCUCCUCUUAGGUAUGCAGAAAAUUUGAAAUUCAUUCCGAAAAAAUCUGACGGAGGAACUGAAUUUUAUGAUUCUCGUUCUAAAAUAGAAUGCUCCGAAGUAGAUGAAGAAGUGGAUCCAAUACCUGAGAAAUUAAAAAAAGGCGAAAACCCUACAGACGAAGAUGAAGAUGAAAAUGAGGACGAUGAUAAAAAAUCUGAUACAAAAUCAGGAAAAGGCGAUGAUAUUGCAAAAAAACAACCCCGUCUAAAAGGUCUAGGCGAUAAAAUUGACUGCUUUAAAGCGAAAUAUUUUGGAGAAAAUCCUUUAGAUAGUCCGUUUUUCCAAGAGGAAAAAAUUGCUAAUCCAGAACCAAUUUUGAAACCUCGCCUCCCUACAUACAAAAUUAGCAAAGUAAAAGGAGACACUCAACUUUCAGGUCAAGAAUCCAAAUUAAAUCAUGUUAUUAAUCCAUCUGAAAAAAUCCAAAACAUUGAAAAAACCGAUAUUUUUGUACUCUUGGAUAAAAUAAGGAGUAACCGGGUAAACAAAACAGAAGAUAAUCCGAAAGAUUCAUUGCAUACAUCUCAAAGCGGCAUAACUGAAGAUGAUAAAAAUUCUAAUGUUUACACCGAUAUAUUGAAAAACAUUCAACAUUCACUUGCACACUUAAACAAUAGCAAAGAUAGUUCUAAUACGACCUACGACUUCUUCCAAAAUGAGGAAGAAGUUACAACGUUGCCUCCUAAAUUAAGGAAGAAAAGGGCAACACCUUUUGUUUAUGAACCAUAUAAAAUUAUAAGAGACAGUCAGGUUCAAGACUCAAAGAAAACUACAACAACUAGUAAUAUUAGUCCCUUAAUAAAGCAAUUGCAGUCCAGUAAAGUUGCGGAACGAGUUUCUCGAUCAAACAAAGAUGAUAAACAAGCUAAACAAAAAUCGAAUAGCCGCACGUACGUAGAUAUCGGCAAAAAAGAUAGAGCCAAACCUGCUCGAAACGAAAAUGAACCUUCUGAUGCAACUUUUAUCGAUGUUAGUGUAGAUAAUCGUAGAGGCGAACCGAAAUACGAACUAAGGCCUAGUAAUCACAAACCAGAAUAUACACCUGUAGAAAAUAAACGGUCGAUGUCAGCAGAUGCAUAUAAAUCACAAACAACCACAGAAAAAAAGAAAGAAACGACUACUCAAAAACCUUUAAGAGGUAGACAGCGUUUCAGGUUAACUCAAACUACUGCAGCCCCUUACUAUGAUGUUACUCAAUUCAUACCUAAAACCAGGGAUAUCCAAAACGUUGCUGCUUCAAAUUCUAUUAAGAAAACAAGUGUUGCGCCUGAGAAAGCAGAUGACCUAGCACAUACUGAAGAUUACUCAGGUGAAGAUUAUGACGACGAGGACGAAGAAGAAGAUGAUGAAGAAGACAUUACAGUUACAAUACCAACAACUACAACCACAACCACAACCACAACCACAACAACAACAACAACAACAACUCCCAAACCAUCAUUCAGAAGAAGAACAAAAAUAGAAAGAACUAAAGAGAAAACUGCAACUGAAAAAGAACCGGAACACACCACUGAAACGCAACGGCUAAAGUUAGUAACUAGAUUCCGUAACUAUAAACCUGAAGAACAUACUGAAGCUCAAGAAGUAAAACUACGACCUCAAAUUAAGCAUGAUGAAAUCACUGUACCUAAAUACACAGAAAAGAAGAAGAAAACUCAAACCAGCACCUUAGUAACUGACACAAAGAAAUAUGGUGAAGAUGAUCAAGAUGAUAUGAAAAAAGAAGUAGAUGCUUUAAUUGGAAUAAAGCAAAAUAUGGACGAGUAUAUGCCAAUGUAUGAAAAGGAGAACCACACAAAUCGAUCCAAAAAGUAUAAAAAAAGUGAAAUGGAAGAAGAUUAUGAAAAUGAUAAUGACAAUGAUAAUGAUCGUGGUAAUGAUAACGAUGAUGACGAUGAAGAAGAGGCUGAUGAAGAUUAUGAGCGUGAAAUAGAUGAUGAGGAUGAAGAUGAUUUCGAGGAAGAUGAAAAUGAUGAUGAAGAAGACCAAAACCACAAAAAACCUGAAAUAGUUACACUACAAAGUACUACACCAGAACCUACGAAACGAACACUGAUCAGAACAACUGACGCUCCUCCAUCUACGACUUCAACACCCGUUCGAACUACCUCAACAGUUAGAACCACAACUCCUGUUAGUCCAUCGCGCCGUGUAAUGUUAGGUCACAGGCCAAUCAUAACCAGGAAAAAGAUUGAAAUCCACAAUGAAUUGCCAGUCAAUAAGUCUUCUCCACAUGUAACACAAUUUAAAGAGGAUAUCAAAGAAGUGGAAAUAAUAAAAGAAAUACCAAUGACAAAACAGAAACAUGAUACCAAUAUUAUGUCCGUAUUAGACUUAUAUAAAGAUGAAGAAUUAGCAAAAGCCAUUAAUAAUUUAGGAGAUGUUGAAAUAUUCAGAGAAAACUUAGAUAUUGAUGGAGGUCCGAAACACGGUGGUAACUAUAGAAAAGCUACAAAAGAAGACUUACGACUGCUUAAACCCACAGAAAGUAGUACAGAUGCAGAGACCUCUCAGAGUAAGAGCACAAAACACGUUGAAUUAGAAGAUUACCGACCUACAAGACUGCACGGAGGCAACUUAAAAUCACUGAGCGAUAUAAAUCGCUCAACAACCAGUGGCCGAAGCUCUAAACUCGUAGAAUUGAGUGAACCUCCAACAAGAGGUAUGCAUGGCGGCAAUCUAAAAUAUGAAACUAAAAGACGUGGUAACAGAAAGAGCGAGAAAUUAAUAGAAAUUGAUGACGAACAUGACGAAGAUCAUUCGUCACAACAAGACGACGGUUAUAAACCUCAUAAUGCUGGAAGGGAAAAACUUCAUGGUGGAAAUUACAAAAGUGCUAAAUUAGUAACGCCACAAGAUACUGAUGAUGAUAUUAGAGUAAAAAGUUUAUCGAAAACUACUAGGGGUAGUGCCGCUGAACUUUUGAACAGUUUUGCUCAAGCCGUGCCCAUACUAACGUCUACGCCCGGUUACAUUCUAGAUCCCAGUAAAAGAAUGUAUUAUUAUGUCGAUAAAUAA